AAAUAUAAGGAGCAGUAAGAACUGAGAUCUGCAAUAGAUAAACACAUAGACUCACACACACCAGCUGGCACGCUUGCACCCACACACACACGCACACACACACACUCACUGCAAGCAUCGUAGAAAUUGUGACGACCGUGCUCUGGUUUUGCUUUGUGUUUUAAUGAGCUUUUUUUUGUCAUCUUUUCAGUGGAAAACGACCACUGAAAGAGAGAGGGAGCGCAAGAAAGGGAGAGAGACAGACAGAAAGAGAGAGAGAGAGAGAGGGGCAGGUGCGCCCUUUAAGAGGGGGAGCAGCAGCUGAAGCAAGGACAGCAUCCCAGUCUCCAUCCUCUCCGGAGGCUGCGUAACUCUGAGGAGUGAGAGAAAAACAGGUGGUCAGACUAAGCGCUGCGGUUAUCUGUUCUCGUUCUUUUCACCUGGAAGAUAGGCUGCGAUGGUUGGCAGUAAUCGAAGGCCCAAACCUGUCUGAGAGAGCCCUAUGAACAGCAGAUCCAAUGGACAUCAAAGGACAGUGUUGGACGGACGAGGAGUCGGAUGGAGAGAACGAACCUGAACAGUUCCUUUAUGGAAUUCAGUGCUGCUUGUUGCAGGGGAGUUGUGCUGCUGACCUGUACCGCCACCCUCAGCUAGAUGCAGACAUAGAGGCUGUGAAAGACAUCUACACUGACAGUGCUAUCUCUGUCAGGGAGUAUGGAACCAUCGAUGAUGUGGACAUCGAUCUUCAUAUUAACAUCGGCUUCUUAGAUGAGGAGGUUGCGACAGCUUGGAAAGUUAUCCGAACAGAGCCCAUUAUCCUGCGAUUGCGCUUUUCUCUCUCCCAGUACCUCGACGGACCUGAGCCGUCAGUAGAAGUUUUCCAGCCUUCAAACAAAGAGGGAUUCAGUCUAGGCCUGCAACUCAAAAAGAUCCUGAGCACGUUCACCUCCCAGCAGUGGAAGCACCUCAGUAAUGAGUUCCUCAAGGCCCAGCAGGAAAAGAGGCAUAGCUGGUUCAAAGCUGGAGGAACCAUCAAGAAGUUCCGUGCUGGGCUCAGCAUAUUUUCCCCCAUUCCCAAGUCUCCAAGCUUUCCUUUGAUCCAAGACACGGUUCUUAAAGGGAAGCUCAGUGUUCCUGAGCUGAGAGUGACCCGCCUGAUGAACCGUUCCAUCUCGUGUACGAUGAAGAACCCCAAAGGGGAGCUCUUCAGCUAUCCACCGAAUAGCCAGACUGUGGCUGUCCCGGCGGCCAGGGCCCCAGCGCAGAUUACCACGAGGCAGCUGAUUGAAUUGUUUUUCUCAUCCCAGGCGGGUGGCCACUGCAAGAACAUCCCCACACUGGAGUACGGCUUCUUAGUUCAGAUAAUGAAGUACUCAGAGCAGAGGAUCCCCACACUUAAUGAGUACUGCGUGGUCUGUGACGAACAGCACGUCUUUCAGAAUGGAUCCAUGCUGAAGCCUGCUGUGUGCACCAGGGAGUUGUGUGUGUUCUCCUUCUACACUCUGGGUGUGAUGUCUGGAGCUGCAGAGGAAGUGGCCACAGGAGCGGAGGUGGUGGACCUACUUGUGGCUAUGUGUCGAGCUGCACUCGAGUCUCCCCGUAAGAGCAUCAUUUUUGAGCCCUACCCAUCAGUUGUUGAUCCAAAUGAUCCCAAGACUCUUGCGUUCAACCCAAAGAAGAAGAAUUAUGAAAGACUGCAGAAAGCGUUGGAUAGCGUCAUGUCCAUCCGUGAAAUGACUCAGGGAUCUUAUCUUGAGAUCAAGAAGCAGAUGGACAAACUGGACCCUUUGGCCCAUCCCCUGCUACAGUGGAUUAUUUCCAGUAACAGGUCUCAUAUUGUCAAGCUGCCUCUCAGCAGGCAACUAAAGUUUAUGCACACGUCCCACCAGUUCCUGUUGCUCAGCAGCCCCCCAGCCAAGGAAGCUCGCUUUCGCACUGCCAAGAAGCUCUACGGCAGCACCUUUGCCUUCCACGGUUCCCAUAUAGAGAACUGGCACUCUGUUCUGAGGAAUGGACUGGUCAAUGCCUCCUAUACCAAACUGCAGCUGCAUGGGGCAGCGUAUGGAAAGGGUAUCUAUCUGAGCCCCAUCUCCAGCAUAUCUUUUGGAUACUCAGGAAUGGGGAAAGGACAGCACCGCAUGCCCACCAAAGAUGAGCUAGUGCAGCGUUACAACCGCAUGAACACCAUACCGCAGAGUCGUCCAAUACAAUCAAGGUUUCUUCAAAGUCGGAAUUUGAACUGCAUCGCCCUUUGUGAAGUUAUUACAUCUAAAGAUCUGCAGAAACAUGGUAACAUUUGGGUGUGUCCAGUGUCUGAUCACGUCUGCACUCGCUUCUUUUUUGUGUAUGAGGAUGGUCAAGUAGGAGAUGCCAACAUCAACACCCAGGAGCCUAAGGUGCAGAAGGAGAUAAUGCGAGUGAUUGGGACGCAGAUCUACUCCAGCUAAUGGACGUUUACCAGCAGAUGCUGGAGGCUCACAGGCAGGCAGACAGUUGAAGCGAAUGUUUGGGCGAGCUGUCCUCAGGCUGGGCACUGAAGGAUAAGGGAGCUCUGGAGCACGUCACUAUCAAUAUGCUUUUUUAAUCUGGUCUUCCAGAUUUUUUUUUCUCCUCUAUGCCCUGUAUUUCUUUCCUCUUAAUUGCUACGCAUCACAUGUUGAUUUAACUCUCAGUUAGGUUCUUUUCAUGAUUUAAAUCCGCCUUUCUCAUUUCAUGGAUUUUUCAACAAUUAGGUGAGCCACCAGAGCUGCUUUCCACAAUCAUGUACACAAACGUCUGGGUUGCCUUUACUUUUACUCUUUUUGCUGUAUGUUUACUUUCACUGCUUCUGUGAAUUAAUUUGUCUUUUUCCCCCUUUUUUAAAUAAGUAGUCAAAAACAUAAUCAUUCAGAUUGAUAUUAGGUAACAUAAACUUUAGUUAUUAUGUUGUGUUUGAAAAUAUUAUCUUGCAUCUAUUUAUUUGAUGACAUGAAUUAAGGUUUGUAACAUGCAUAAGCAUUACUCCUUAUGUUUUUGAACUUGGACACUGAUUUACUCAGAGUCUAGAAAGGUUUGGCUGGAGCUCGAUUUAUUUGUUACAAACAGUAUAUAAACUUUGCAUUAAAAAAAGAUCCCUGCUAUUAUAAUAAAAACAAACAAACUUGCCAUUUAGGGAUUGGAACAGUACUGAUCAAUGAUGCCCCGCAAAUUAAAAAAAAAAAAAGGCAGCUGGACUUUUAUUCUGUAGUUAAAGUCAUCUAGCUUCCUAACCAGGGAGGUUUCUCAGUUGAAAAGAACUGGYGAGGUUGAGUUCCAAGCUUUUAAACAGCAUGAGCAACUCUGGUAUAAAACCUAGACUCACAUMCAGAUUAAACUCACACCUCCUACAAUGGAGGGUCUUUAGGGCCUUAGUUAGCCUGGCUCAGAAGAGAGAUGCUUUGGUCAAAGCAUUAGCAAAUAUUUUUGCUCUUCUGUCUUUUUAAUCAUAACCUGUUGUGUCAAAAGGCUGCUGCUACAACCAGAUCCUGCUGAGAAUUAACACCCAAAUCAAAUAGUUUAGGAGUCUUUGCAAUUAUAGUAAAUAAACACAUAUAAAACUUGUCUUUAUUAGCUAAAGCUCUUUAAUUUUUUUUCUUUGCACAACAGCUUUACUUUAUGAACCAACAAAACUUGUCUAGAAAGUAUGACAGUUAAAAUAUCAGGAUGAACAAGUAGCUGUCAGAUUUAAAAACCAUAUCCUUGGACUUAAUUAGAUUUCAAAAAAGGAUUGGUUGCAGUCUUAGUCUGCCAUGUUCCAUUUCUUAUUUAUUUUUUAAGUUGUAAUUUCUCAUAUUUAAAUCUAUUCUUGAAUAGCUCAUUUAAAAAAUAUUUUCUCUGUGUCUGACGUACACUCAGCACCGGAUCUACAAUCUAAAAUCCACUGUAUAGAAAAUUGUGGACAAUUUUCCCAAGAUAUUUACAGGCAGCAUCAAGUUUGGGUGAGCUCACAAUCCUUUCAGUUUAAUGGAUUCUGGUUUCACAGAGGUGAAACUCUCUGGUUUCAUCUGUGAGACAACCGGCAUUGUAUAGCAAGUUUAUCAGUCAUGUACUGUAUGUAUGUGCAUGUGUGUAUGUGUGUGAUGUGUGUUUGUAUGUAUGUAUGUAUGUAUGUAUGUGU